UCCGUACUUACUCGACUGGCAUUGACCAAGAGACCAUCGUGGCGGGUCCUCUUUUCCUGCGUUUCCCACCUUUUCUGCUUCCGUAAUCAUACAUUUAUUCGGCUUGAAUCCACGACGAAUCGCGACGGAAACCGAGACUGCGCUGGGUUUUCCCAUUCCCUCUCUUCCCUUUCCUCCCCUUCUUUUCGGCGUUGCGCCUGUUUUGCUCACCAUCACCCUGAACACCGUUAGCUCGACCAGCCUGGUGCCCAGCCUGCGCGGACUCGACCGGCACCUACCUACCUGCCCACGAAAACGAACAUCUGGCGAUUCCAUCCCAUCCACCUCGGCUUGGUGGCGCCGUCGACUCGAGAAAAGGCUCGAUAAUAUUACCACUACCACCACCAUCACCAUCACCACCACACGCACCCACGACAGCCAUUCUCGCUUUCACUACCCGAGACUUUGACAUACAAACACGACCGAUCAUGGCCGACGACCGGCGCAACAGCUCCGAGAAACCGUCGUCGGCGCGGGAGAGCAUGAGCUCGAACUCGAACCCGAGCCCGACUCAAACACAAAAUCAGCCACAAAAACAGACGCAAGACGCCCGGCCGCCACCACGGAAGCGCAGGCGCGUUGUGAUAUCUUGCACGGAAUGUCAUCGUCGGAAGCAGAAGUGUGACCGUGAUCUGCCAUGCGCCAACUGCAAGUCGCGCAACAAGCAAGACGCCUGCAAAUACGAGACGGGGGCCCCCACAGCCAAGGACCAUCGCAAGGCCGAGGUUGAAGGCGCAAAGUCAACCCAGGUCCAGAGCCUCUCCAAUGCCGCCGCCAACUGGGGCUACUCCCAAGCUGGGGCUUCUACGCUCGGCCUGAUGAGAAAGAUCGAAAGCGCAAACGGCGACGGAGCUCUGUCCCAUCUCGGCGGCUCGGCCCACAUCGAGGACCAGUUUGCGACCAAGGAGCGAUACAAGUCUCUGAUCAGACAGCUGCCUGCUAAGGGCUACAUCGAGAAGCUCAUCGACGUCUACUUCCGCGAGUUCAACCACCAGUACUACGCCCUUGAGGAGGACCUCUUCAAGGAGCAGUUCGCCGAGUGGAACAACAUACCCUUCAACGUGCUCUCCAACUCUGGACCGCAGGGUCUCUCGCCCGACCUGAGGGUGUUUCCCGCAUUGCUCUUCCAGGUUCUGGCCACCGCGUUGCUGAUCCUCCCGGAAGGAUCGCAUGAAUUCUACGAACAUCUCAAGUAUGCGGGCAACAUGACAUUCGAGGACCUUGCGGCGGACUACAGCGAAUCUGGCGUCGGCAUCCUGUCGCUACUGGGCAAACGACAAAUCACACUCACGACGGUCCAGGCCGAUUUCCUCCGGGCGGCGUUUCUUAAGUACAUGGCCAAAGUAACGGAAUCGUGGCAUGCCAUUGGUAGCGCCAUUCGGGACGCUCAAGAGAUUGGCAUGCACCGGGAUAGCCUGGACCCCUCCCCGAACAGUGACGACACUGGGGAUAUACUCGAGAACAUGUGGCUGAUUCAGCGACGGAGAAAGCUGUACAUGGUUCUCACUACCUGGGACAUUCACUGUGCGCUCGUGCUUGGACGUCCUGGCAGCAUCGACUGGCGCAUUUGCCCACCAAGCCUACCCAUAGACGCGCCUCCGCCAAAGGACCGUCGCAAGACGCCAGUUGCGCCCCGCGAUGAUGAGAAGGACCCACCGACGCCGCUGAGCAGGGGCAUCUGGGCAUUCAGGCUCGUGGCCCCGAUGCGUGAGAUUUUGGAGUUGGAACAGGACGGCCCGUGUCCGAAAGACUAUUCGAAGGUCGAUCGGGUGCACCAAAUGUGUCUAGAUUUGGACGAGGCGACGCCUGCGUACUUCCGGUUGGAGAACCCGGAUAGAAAGUGGGACGAUAACCCGUCAUGCUACUGGCUUCAGUCGGUACGCUUCUAUCUGCCGCAGAUGAAUCUGUUCAACUUGAUGGCGCUGCACCGGCCGUACAUCUUUAAUCGGCAGAAGAGUCGAACAGAAGCGCUCAAGGCUAGCAUCGAGAUGCUUCACCGUCAGAUGCUCACCUUCCAAGGCCUCGACGCUGGGUCGUGGCGAAACUUCUCGCUAUUCUUCGGCAGUUUUGAUGCCGUGGUGCUCAUGGCAUCGAUAUACAUAUUGUUUCCCAAGGAGAACCUGGAGAUGGCCGGCAGCGCCAUGCAGCACUUCCACUGGACAACAGAAAGAUUCGAGGCAAUGCAGGAGAGGAACCCUCUGGCGAAGGCGGCGAAAGGUGUCCUGCAGGCGAUUUUUGCUAAGUUUAAGAAAGCGGUAGGAAACCCGGCACCACCACCAAGCCUGUCAAGUCUGGCAUCUCAAACACCAGCAUCGACGGCGGACAGCAGCAGCAGCAGCAGUCUAUCUGCCCGCGGAUCAGUCUCGACGGCGACAGCAGCGACGGCCGACACUCCAGCAAGUAAGAGCAGCACGGUGGCGACGCCGACGUCGCUACCAACGGUUCCCGACCCAACAUCAUCAUCCUAUCCGCUGCCGUCAGCACACUCGGAAUGGUCGUUGCCCAACAGCUGGGACUUCACGUCGAUUGCGCCGCUAUUCCCCAUGGGAGACCUCAUAUACCACGACCUUAACGGAAUACCUGAAGACGGAUCUCUGCCAGCAUGGGGAGCGGCGACGCCACCACCGCCGGCGGCUGGGACGACAUUUGAGGGGGAUUUUGGGAAUGACAGUGUGUGGAACUUGCUCAACCAGUACGACCCGACAUCCGUUUGAAACCCCUUUGAUGGAAGACUGAAGAAAGAACUUUGAACCGGACAGAAACAAAGGCCGAGUUGGGACCUUUGAGUUUAGCUCGCUCGCCUGAUGUUGGGAAACUCGUGGAAGGGUAAAGAAGGAGGGAGGGUCGAGUGAACGGUCAGCGGCAAGACGACCAUUCGCGAGUCUCGUGUGAGAGAUGCUCUAAGAUGAAGAGGUCAAAACCGUGACGACAGAGUACAUGACUUUUCGGAUCGUGUCAUUGGCUGCUCUACAAUUCUUAUUUUUGGUGGGUUGAAGUUGGAGACGUCCUCACAGAUGUUUUACCACCGGACAAUAUCCUUGUCUGACACUGACCAAUCAGAAGUGGACCGGACUCCGCUGCUAUGGGGCGACGACAUAAAUUUAGCGAAGAGGCGAGGGAGGAACCUGCUCGAUUAUGGAAUCUGCGAUGCCGCGUAAACGCCAUGGACGAACAUGGCGUCGCUGCCCUCUAUUUCCUUACCUAGGGACGUACGGGUAGGAAGAGACUGAGUGCAAUGCGGAUAAGGAUGAGGAUUGGUUGCACGUACUACGGACGAUAAUGUGCAAAAAAGCAGGAAAAGCAGGAGAGAAACUGAGUAUAAUGCAAUGACGACCACAAUAUACCCUGGCCCCUAUAUAUAUUUGCCUUUAGGUAGCCAUCCAUCCAC